GCCAUCUCGAAAUCGGCGAAAUUUCCCACAUUAGCAGUAACCAGCGAACAUCGGCGCGGCCUGCUACGAUUUCCGUCGGUUACAGUGAGAUUUUCACGAUUUUCCACGUAUUCGAGUUUCCCUGAAUGAAAAUUUCCCUAACUAUUUAAUUUUCGGAUGGUGCGAGGUGGGAAAAUUAGUAAAAUUGGAUUUUGUAGGUGUAAUUGAAGGAAACUUAGUUUUCUGUGAUCUAAAAGAGUGUGUUUGUGAUUAGUUAAACUUUUAUGGAAAAUUUUGGAUGAUUUUCUCAUACCCGGAUUAUCACUCAAAGAUGAAUAGUUAAUAGAUUCAUCUCCCAGAUACUCCAGUCAGAAUACAAAAUGCAUCAUCGUACUUAUUCUACUAAAAUAGACUCAACAGCACACUCCAAUCUUCAUCGUUCACAAUGAAACCAUGGUUUCUGACGACGACAUCCACGCAGCGUUCUGCGAGCCCCAGCACUUCGGCAACUACACCACCAUCUUCGGCAUCACCGACAUCCCCCAAUGGGAGGCACUCAUCACCAUCACAACCCUCGGAUUCAUCAUCCUGCUCACCAUCAUAGGCAACAUCUUCGUCAUACUCAGCGUCUUCACCUACAAACCGCUCAGGAUCGUUCAGAACUUCUUCAUCGUCUCCCUAGCCGUCGCGGACUUGACAGUGGCAAUUCUGGUACUUCCCAUAAACGUCGUGUACUCCGUUGUGGGACAAUGGGUGUUCGGGAUCCAUUUGUGCAAGAUGUGGUUGACCUCGGACGUGCUGUGUUGCACCGCGAGCAUCCUGAACUUGUGCGCGAUAGCUCUGGACAGGUUCUGGGCUAUAACAGAUCCAAUAAACUAUGCUCAGAAAAGGACACUUAAGAGAGUGUUGAUUAUGAUUGCUGGUGUUUGGCUGUUGUCUUUAUUGAUAUCUUCACCUCCGUUGGUUGGGUGGAACGACUGGCCUGACACAGAAGUGUUUUUGGAGAAGAAAGAGUGUAAACUAUCUUCUAGACAGGGUUAUGUCAUCUACUCUUCUUCUGGAUCAUUCUACAUCCCUCUAGCCAUCAUGACCAUCGUUUACUUUCAAAUCUUCGUAGCGACUAGGAGAAGAUUGCGCGAAAGGGCGCAAGCUUCCAAAAUCAACGCCAUCUCCAGGAACCAGAACAAGGCCAAAGAGGAUGUGGACAGGGACAGCGUGAGCAGCGAAACCAAUCACAACGAUCCGCGCAGCGACAGAAACAAUUCGAAAAUCAACGAGAAAAAGAAGAAGAAAAGCAAAGAAACUAUGGAGGACAAGGUGCAGCUGAAACCUAUACUGACACACGAAGAUUCAGUCACUGAUAUAGAAAACUCCUCAAAUUCCCAAAAAAAUGGCGAGUCAUCCUCCAAAGAUCAUUCAACUCUUGGCAGAUCAGCCAACAACCAAUGCGCCGCCAUGACGCUUGUACGCAACAAUUCAAAAAGUCCCGGUUCCAAAGUAGUUGUCAUUGAAGUGCCAAAAAAGACAACUGGCAUCUACCAGUUCAUCGAAGAGAGACAGAGAAUCAGCCUAUCGAAAGAACGAAGGGCAGCCAGGACACUCGGUAUCAUAAUGGGUGUUUUUGUAGUCUGUUGGCUACCGUUUUUCCUCAUGUACGUUAUAGUACCUUUCUGCCCUUCGUGCUGCCCUUCCAGAAGGUUCAUCAACUUCAUAACAUGGCUGGGGUACGUAAACUCGGUGUUAAAUCCUAUCAUCUAUACGAUUUUUAAUUUGGACUUCAGAAGAGCGUUCAGGCAACUACUGGGACUUCCCAGUAGUUAGAGGAAUCGUUUUUGUGGUUAAUUUUAUUUAUAAAUUCAAUCUGUGAUGUCUUUUAAUGUCUUUGUGAGUAAUAUCGUGCUUAGGGUUUCCAUACGUGAAAUAUUACCUUAAAAACAACUUAACUUUGUUGAAUAUUUUAAUAGUUACGAUGUGACAUAUCCCAAUUCUGAUGUCAGUUUGCAAAAACCUGUACGGAGACCCUAAUUAUUGUGCUCAAAGAUCGAAAGAUCAAUGUUAUAAUACAGAUUCGAUCAGUAAGAAAGCUUUAAAAGUUUUAAAAAGCAAAUAAUAUCAUUAAUAUCUAAUUUUUUAGUGCAGUUUUAUCAUUUCAACUUUUAUUACAAUAGUUUCCAACAAAAAGGUUUUAUUUUUGACAUAAAAUUAAAGUUUUCUUUGAUUUUAUUCUAAUUUUAUGAAUCCCAUUUUAUUAUGCCAUAAAAACAAUUAUUUUCCUUUUGUUCGUGAAGUAAAAGCUCGCAUCUCCAAUUUGCCUUUUGAUCUUUGAACAUAAACUAUACAGGGUGUAAAGAAAUAGUGUGCUAAACUUUAGUGGGUGAUUCUACGCAUUUUUUUUUAUAUGGAAAUAUACCAAAAGUAGCUUCCUAGGAAGGAUAUAUAUUUCGUUUGUGUUUAAGAACAUUGGUAAACGGUUUUUUUUCUUUUUUACGUAAGAAAACUUUUUUAAAGAAGACUUUUUUACCUAAGAAAAAUACUCUUUCUUUAGUUCGAAGCAGUUAAGAGUCAAUUUCACGAAAAGUCCGAAAAAGUUGCAAAAUAAGUUAAGUUCGGCAUUUAACGUUUAAUGCAAAACUGGCUAGGUAUUUUUACACAAAUAAAGAAGGAAAUUAAAGAUAAAGGAUUAUACUAUGUCUGUAUCGUAGCACAUUUUUAGACAACUGCUUUAUUUCUAAGAUUUUGAUGGUCAAACAACAAAAUAUUCCUUAGGUUUGGACUAAUUUUUCUCGAAAAUAAAGACAUUAUUUAAAAUUCCGAUACCAUACGGAAAUAGAUUCAAGUUAUGUGAUUACAGUGAUAUAUAAUUUAUAUGGUUUUAUAUCAAAUUGCUCGCUAUUUUAUGGGAAAUGCUGAAGCUCUGCAAGCCUUAAUCAAAGCAUGUGUGUUUAGAAUUUGAGUGUGGCUUAACACGAGAGGUUCGGGCUAAGCCUUGAGUUGAUUAAGGUUUAUCACACUAUUUCUUUCACACCCUGUAUAAAUAUUUAUUUCCUAAUCAGCUCACAAUUUUAUUUUAUUUAUUCCUAUUUUUUAUAGAUAUAAUCGUUUUUAUAAGUAUUUUAGAAGCUAAAAUAUAUCGUGUUCUAUAUGUGACUCAGUAAUAAAAUUAAAAAAAAAUUACAGCAUAUUUUCAACAAUCAAUAAAAAACUCAAAUAAAAAAAAUAUAUUUAUAACAAAAUGGCAGUAUUAAUUAUUUUUUCGAUGUUUCGAGUAUUUUUAUACCAUUAUCAAAGUGAAAAUGUCUUGUAUAGUUGAUUUAAAUUACUUGGUUGUUGGAAAUAUUGUCUUGAUUGGGCCAAAAUAUUCAGAAUAUGAGUAUCCAGCUAUCAGUGCUCACAAAUUUCAUUUUAUAUUACUUGGCCCAAGUUUUUUAUCGAAAAAAAUCCGUCAGCAACAAAUCUAUGGAUUCAAUCCCGUUUUUUAUUUAAGACUGAAAAAAAAAAUGUGUUUGAGGAAGACAAAAAAUAUAGUACAGAAAAAAUGUUUGUAAAUAUUAAUGUACUUAAUGAAUAAAUUUAGUAAUACUCUGUAUAUUUGCAAAGGAAAUAAUUGCUGUGCUCAGAUUCAAGUUCUUUUCCAAGGAUUUUUCACAAAGAAAUUCUACUGAGCCCUCGUUUUUUUUUGAGAAAAAAAUCCUAACAAACCAAAAAUUCUGAUCACUUUGGUAAUACAUACUCUAUUGGGUAUAUCAGAAUUUUUUUUAUUUGCUUGAAUUUAUUUUUAUAGAUUUAAAAGUGUGUAGUUUAAAAAAAUACGCAUAAUUAAGUGGUUAACGUUAAAGAACCAAAAAAAAAAAGAAAAAUUUAUGUAAAAAUGUAUUUAGGGUGCGUCCAUAGUACACCGGCUUCCCGCCAACAUUAAUAAUUUAAAAAUUAUCAACAGAAAAUUCGAUUUUUUAUAUGAGAUACCCUGUAUAGUUUUAAUUCGUUGAAAAUAAUUUAAAAUUACCUUUCAAAAAAUGUAGAAUACUUGAUAUUUUACUCGAUUCUUCUUCGAGAUAUAGAGUUCUUCUAGCUGUCAGCAUCAAUUAAAAGGAAAAUAAUAUUUGCUAUGAGAGAUGCAGAA